CGUGAAGUUACCUCUCGCUCGGCCGUGGGUCAUCGAUCAGCUGAGCUAGCUACAUCAUCUUUACGUACGAUCCGAUCCGAGUACAGUGAUCGUAGUAGACCUACUUGACCUUGCCACAAGUUUGACUUUACCUUGCCUGAAAAUAUUUGCAAAAUGUUGCAUUCUUCGUCGCUGAAGUUUGUGGUCGGAGCAGGUGUUGCAGCUUUAGGUGUCAUUACACUGACAUAUGUUCUCAAUGGAAGGAAGAGGAAGAGAACAAAGAUUAUUGAAAUGAUGGAUGAGUUCCAAAAAACGUAUGUCCACAUGAAAGAUCCAGACCGAGUGGAGGAACUGGUGACCCAGCUGAUCAAAGACGGCCGGAGCAAGUUACUGGUUGUCACAGACUUUGACCGAACCUUGUCCAGAUUCCAGGACAAUGAAGGACGGAAGGUGCCCACUUGUCAUGGUGUUUUGGAUAUCAGCAGGACACUGCCGGAGGACUACAGAAAGAAAGCAAUAGAUACACGGAACCACUACUACCCCUUAGAAAUGUCCAACACACUGAGCCGAGAAGAAAAGUACCAACUGAUGACCGAGUGGUGGACUACAGCACACGACCUCCUUGUUGAGUGCAAUUUGAAAAAGAGUGACAUUGAAGAUAUGGUGCGGGAUGCACGGGUUCUUCUCAGGGAGCAUAGUAACGUCAUGUUUGAAAUGUUGGAGCGUUGUGGUGUACCUCUACUGAUAUUCUCAGCUGGCAUUGGAGAUAUUCUGCUGGAAGCUAUCAAACAAGAAAAUCUUCACAGUUACAAGAAUGUGCAGGUUAUCUCCAACUUCAUGGAAUUUGAUGACGAGGACAAACUGGUAGGAUUCAAGGGUGAGUUGAUCCAUACUUACAACAAGCAUGAAGCAGCAGUGCACCACCCAGAAUAUUUUGAGAGACACAGGAAACGAGACAACAUCAUCCUCCUGGGAGACACCCUGGGCGACCUGAGUAUGGUGGAUGGGAUGCCUUACACAAAGCAUACCCUGACGAUAGGCUUCCUCAAUGACCAUAUUGAACAGAAUCUGGAAAUGUACAAAGACCAUUUUGACAUAGUGCUGGUUAGCGAUGAGACCAUGGACCUGCCCAUUGCCGUACUUAAGAAGAUCCUGUAAGCUGAGGACACGACGCAGGAUGCUGCACCAAGGGAGGAUUUUUCUAUCGAAUCCAUCAAUAGCCCUCAGAAGCAACAUUUUUAAAGUAGGAGUCCGAUUACUGGGACAGAGUCAAGGUUAAUGGCAAAGAACAGUGCUGAGACCGCGGAAAGGUGAGAAUCAUCUCUCUCCUCUGAAAGGCAGUAAAACAUGUUACGCAUGUGUAUGAAUUAUUACAUGGGAAGACAGGUUGUCCAGAAAAGUAAAUGAUACAGUAAAUCUCUGAAUGCAGUGUUUUUGAAGGUAAUGCGUCAUCCUCAGGCCAAUAAUAAGGAAAUAAACCAUCACAGAACAAUAGCUCAUACAGACAAGAAAAGGUCCAAAUUAAACAGGUACACGUAAAUGAAAUAUUUGGCAGUUUGUACUCAAGUUGCCAGACUGGUGUACAGUAUGUAUUACUUCAGGUGUGUUAGGAUGGUGUGGUCGUAUGGUAGGUAUAGGGCCUGCUGAUUUAAAAUGAGGUUAAAUAAUUGUUAAAUAAGAUUGAAUAAUUGGUGGAAUAAGUUGGCAGCAUGUAUGUUCACUCCCAUGCCUUUGUGCACCACUUAGUUGAGAGUUUAGCGAACACGCACUCAAUCACUUUACUGCAGAUUUCGAGAAAGACAAUGUGGGAUCUGUUCCGACUCUUCUUUCUGUGGAUGGAGACCACAAUUUAUUUUUAACAAAACACAAACAGAUUAAGUUCACAGAGAUAACCUGAUAACUAAACAUUGAUUAGACAACAUUAUACCACAGUAUUAUAUGAACCCAGUUGCACAAAAUUGGAAACAAAUUGUGAAAGAGUGAUUUUUAAAAAAGUAAAGAGGAUCAGAUUUGGAAGAACAUAUGUCCGUGUUCUUUCCCAUUGUUAAACCACUUCUCCAGUUUAUCCAAACAAACAAAAUAAAGUACCUCGUGUAUUAACCCUAACCCUCCUCAAUCCUUCACCUGUUGGAGGACUGAGGAGUGUUAGGGUUAAGACUUGACAAAAGCAUCGGUCGUAUUUCAAGUUAUUGCAAAUUGAGUACUUUGCACGAGAAUCAUUUACAAGUCCGUAGUAUUACAUGUAUAACUGCAUUGAUGGAGUACAUACAUGUACAUGAUGUACAUGAACAUGCACAUAUGCAUACAUAAAUCAUAGCCGACCAUCAAUCGACAGAGAGGCAAAGUUGAUAUUGAUUAAACUAACAAAGGACCAUUUGCAGUAGCUUAAGCAUAACAUGGUAUCCUUUUUCAACCAUUUUUUCAGUUACCAAGAUAUGCAGGAUGUGUGGAAAAACUGGAGAACACUUCAAAAUUUCGUUUUUCAAAUACCCUUUUUUACGUUCGGAAAUGUAACAUACACGGACAUCUUUUACCCCAUUUUCUCCAAAAUGUCACUUACCGGUAUGAUUAGCAAGAAACACAUUACAAAAUGAAAUCUGAAGCCUGAUCAUAUGUCUGUGGUAUGAAUUCAGCAAACUUUUAUAUAAUGUGGAAGAUCUCUGCUGAUGGAUAUUGGUAUAGUCGUUUGCAGGCUGGCAUCGCCAUUUUAACAAGCAACAGAAAGUGUUCACAACUUUGCAGAAUUUUAGAUGCACACAAGCUAAGUGGAAGGGGUGAACAUAUAUGGCAGAAGGGGUAUUCAGGAGUUAGGGGUACUGUUGAUAUCAUGUUAUUGAUAAAGGCAUCGCAACCAGAAAGGUCAGGCCAUUGGGGUAAAUUUAACAUUCCUCAGUGUUGACUUGAAUGCCAUGUGCUAAAAAAAUGCAAAAACAAAGAAUAGUUUCAAUCUUCAACAAACAAAAAACAUACUUUUUAAGCUGUUAAAUUUAGUGUUUAGUUUCGUUCAUGAUAAAAGGUUCUGUUCGUUAUAAAAGGUUCACUUUUUUAAAACAAAUAACAUUGUGUAGGUUCAAUAACAUUGGUGGAAUGGCUCAAAAAUUGUUUAGAAAUACAUACUGUAUCUGUUAUGUUAUUGCCCCAAAUUAGUCCUUGAUUAAAAAUUUUGUCCCCUUCAAAUACACGACUGUGUUAUCAUAAUGUUGAGUUUAACAAGUACAAAUGCUAGGGUUCUGUUUUGCAAUUUAGACGGGUGUGUCACUAGGCCACAUGUUUUCAACUCAAACAACAAAAGGGGAACUUGUGUGUGAAUGGCUGAAGAUGGAAUCCCUGAGAAAAAAAAAGGUUUGGCAUCUGCAGCUGAGAUAAAACUGAAGGUUUGAUAAGUGGAGCACAGUUUUUCCCACGCUUCAUGGAAGAACAUUCAGAAUCCUUGCAUAUUUUGACUUCGGCAAAGCUUUUUGAAAUCUGAAAUGCAGUGACUAGAAUUUGAGUUUAGAAGGCAAAAAAGUUCUCAGUUUUGGACAACCUGCAGCCGGGAGUGAAAAUAUUUUAGCAGUCAUCCUUCCCUGUCCGGAGUCCAAACCUCACAACUGCAAUGAUUCAAAAUUGAAUGGGCACACAUGUAUAUCAUGUAUAUUACAGCCAAAAUCUUGAUCAAGGGUCUCAAAAAACCAGUAGUUACUAAAGAGCAGAGCAGCUGAAAUAAUGCAGAGAAAUACAGGAAGUAGAUUAUGCAUGUUCUAAUAAAUUGUGACGAUGGCACCAUUCUGCCUCACAGAAUUACUUUUUGAAACAAUGAAAUCUUGCUUUUUAAUGAGAGCAACAGAUUUCAAUAAAAGGAAAGCAAUGUUUGGACUAAUUUAGUAAUUUUUUUCCCACUUCUUAUAAUUUGGUUUUGGUUACAUUAAAUUUCCUCUUGCCUUUGUUUAAAGGUUUCUUUUAUUGUAGUUAUUAGUAUCUUCAGCCCUAAGUUCUUUGGGAACUAGCCUCAAAGAAUGGUUAGGCCAGGUUACAAUGCCAUUAUUACUGGUACAUUGGACCAUGUCAUCACUGUGUACUUCUGGGUAGGCCUUCACCAGGUUAUUGGACAAUUGGGACCGGGUUGUGGGGACAUUUCUCUGUCCGCACAAUGAUUUGGAUCCCCACAAAAACAGGUGAAAUAUCCUGUUUGUCCCCACAACUAUGGAACAAGUAUGUGUGUGUUCAUGUGUUUGUACAUGUAUGUGUAGUGUAGAAUGUGUAAAUUGGAUAACUGCAUCUACAAACCAAUGUUGGUCUUCCAUUUAAAAGAAAUUAUUUUCAAUUGUCAAUGAACGUGUAUUUUAUGAACCUACAUGUAUUUACUGCGCACAAUUUUUAGUGAAUCACACUGUAUAAUAUGUACUUGUAUUUGUACAUGCAUAUUUAAGAGAAACAUUCACAUACAUGUAUUAUGAUUUAAUAACAAUAACAUGGAUUUUAGUACACAGUUUUGUUUUAGAUUGUGUCCACAAGAAGUUAUAAGGAUCUGUUGGUCACUUUUUAAUGAACAUAGUUUGUGGAAACUUUGGAAAAAAAAAAAUUUUGAAAAAUAGUCAUUGGCCUCAUAUGGUACUAGUUCUCCAAUAGACCUACAUGUCCAUGGAAUAAGUCACUUUACACGUGGUUAUGGCGACAAGAUUCUGGACAGAUGCAUUCAUUUCCUUUUCUGAAUCCUGAAGUCAGCCUGCAGUUUUAGGGUGUAUUGUUACAAUCAGUCUUUGAAUGAGUUUCAAUACUUCAUAAACGCAGGUUUGUAAUACCACUAUUUGCAAAUGCUAUGGCAUUUUCAGGAUGCUUUUUAUUCCAAUAUAUGCAUGUUGUAUUCUAUCUGGCAUAAUCAAAAGCCUGAAUACUCAAGGUGUACAUUCUUCCUUGUCAAGUCUAUAUCAACAUCUCAACUACACUACCUUAUUUUGCAGUAAAAUGUGGUAGAGGAAACGGAAUUGAUAACAGCUCUGAUUCUUUAUAAUUGGAAAAUAGAAUUUGAAGAAUCACAUGAAUUGUACAUGUACAUUAAUUGUUUUUUGAGUGAUAAAUGAUAUGAAGAUCUUGUAGUGUUGCUGGUCUCUUCCAAGCAGAAACAUAAAAAGCGAUAAAACUAUAUUACUUGAAGAAAGCUUUCAUAACUGUACAUAUGUCGGAACCAAUAUUUUAGAGCUACAUGUACAUGCUGUCGGGAAUGAGGCUUUGUUAAAGACUCAAGGUGUUUUGUUGCCGCUGCAUUCUUUCUUCUUUUUUUUUUUAAACUAUCUUUUCCCUGUAAUAAAUACUAAACUUCAAAGUACUCUCA